AUGAGAUCCCUUGUAGCAUUGGUGGUGGUGCUGAUGGUGGAGGUGGUGCUGGGGCCCGCCGCUGCCAACCCCUCUCCCGCCCCCGUCGCUGAGGCCAACCCAGCCGCUGCCCCCGAGCCUUGCUGCGGGCGGGGCUUCGUCGCCGGGGGCUUCGUCGUCGGGCGUCGCUUUGGUGGCGGCUAUGGCGGCGGCUACGGCGGCGGCUUCGGCGGCGGCGGCGGUUGCGGCGGCUGUGGCGGCGGCUGGUGUGGCGGCUGCGGCAGGAGGAGGAGGAGCCUGGAGGAGGCGAUGGGCAAGGAGAAGCUCGAGGAUCUCUACGGACAGAUCGCCGCCAAGGACAAGGACCAGUGUGGGCUGCGGCUGGUGUGCGAACUGGCGCAGAAGGACCAGCUCGACCUGACUGACAGCGAGGUCACCAUCCUGCUGCCCUUCUGGGGUCGCGAGGAGAGUGACGAGCAGAGCUUCUACGGGCGGUACGACAAGGCGGUGUGGCACGGGCAGCGCGGGACCCCUUGCAAGGAGCUCUUCCCGCUGUGCCCCUACUCCGCCGCCUUCAUCAUGACGGACUUCUCUCCAGCAUCCACCGGCAUUGUCUUCUAAGGGCUGACACGAUCACUUUUAUCCUUUUUUUUCUUCUCUGGUUUACGAGUUUCGUCUGCCAGGGCUUACACGUAUCGCAAACAGGUAAUUUUCAUGGAUUUGGAGUUCGAUGUCUUGAUUUCAAACCCAAUAAAGUGUUGAUUACCGAU